AUGAGUAAUAGUGAAGAGGCCAAGAUUUUGCAGCACGUUCUUGUGACUAGAUGCGCGCAGCUGCCUCAUUGCGAUCCCCAAGAGGUUCUGGUACCUGCAGCAUCUGAUACCACCACCUGUAACACCAGUAGUAGUGGGCAAAAAUGCGGCACAAAAACUGCUUCCUGCAAAUUCACUUCCAAUCCUGACAUUUCCAAUCCUGCCGCCAGCAAGCUGGAAACACUCCCAAAGAGAGUUACGCCUCAAUUACAUUCUGGGCCGUCAAAUGAUUCUCCUCCUCCUACGAGCCUAACUCGAUCCGGUCCAAUUCAUCAUGGAACGGAUACCAAUGCGGAUAGCACUCCUGGAGCUAUCCAUAUAUCCGGAGUUUUCGGAGAAUUGGAAGAGAGGCAAUCGGUGCGCAGCUCCACGUCAGAAUCUGAAGCUGAGGACGAAGAUGUAUCCAUGAGUUCCAAUGGAUGUUUCCAUGAAGCAGUGAUUACUACUGCAGUGCCUGUCGUGGAUCCAGAAGUUACCCGUGCGGAAAUGGAAGCGCAACUUCGACAUUCCAUGGAAACCGAAAUUCGACAGACUAUAAUGGAAGAAGCAGUCCGAGCGGAUGCUGUUGCAAUUUGCUCGGGAGAUGAAGACGGCUUCUUCAGUAGGAAGAUAAAAGGAUAUUGGAAGAUCGGCUUGCUGGUGCUAAUCCUGAUUGGAAUUGUGGUGGGAUUGUGUUUGGGCUUCAUGUUGAUCAGGCGUAGUCAACUCUCCAUCAAGGCAAAUUCAGAUCAAACCACUGCCAUUGCCAUCUCAAGACCUACGCUAGAGCUUGUGAGAGAACGAGGAUACAUUCGAUGCAUGGUCAAUCCCGCCUUUUUGGGCUUCACCGAAAGAGGUCCAACCGGAUUGUUGCAGGGAUUGAAUGUAGACCAUUGCAGGGCUUUGUCGGUUGCAGUAUUUGGCAAUCCGGACCAAUAUGAACUAGUGGAAACGGAAAAUCGUGAUUACCUCGAGAAGUUGCAAGAUGGCUCUGUGGAUGUUGUUGCACAGCAACUUGUCAUGCGAAUGGGGACGGAUGUGUAUGAUCCUACUGUUGGGACCGGGUUUACUUACUCCAUCCCAUACUUCUUUACUGGGUUUGCAUUUGUCGGAAGGAGUGCCAUGGUGAAAUGUGCAGAUCGGCUGGACUCCUAUUCCAGGGAGUGCAGGGCACUUCGAAUCUGUGUCGUUUCUAACACAGCAAAUGAGAACACACUUCAAAACUUGCUACCUGGUGGCAUGAUUGUGCCAUGUAGCAGUGGGAAAGAAUUGACUCAAAAGUUUGUUGCUGGAGAAUGCAAUGUCAUUGGAGCACAAGCAUCUGCGGCAACCGAGGAACGUUUUCGAAAGGCUGGCUAUGAGGGGGAUUUUGAGGUUGGAAAACACCUUUUCUCCUUUGAUGCUGUUGCUUUAAUUUCACGCAAUAAUGAUGUUGAUUGGGCAAAUACAAUCGAUUUGGUGCUACACACCUUUUUCGUAGCAGAAGCACACAACAUCACCCAAGCCAAUGCUGCAGAUAUGAGAACCCUGUUCCGAGGCAAUCACCACAACAACACAACUGCAGAUGUCAUGGUUGACGUUGUGUCGCAAUUUGGCAACUAUGGGGACCUCUACAUGAAGCAUCUGGAGUCCGUGGUCCCAAGGAGAGGCCUCAAUCUAGUGUACACAAAGUAUGAUACAUCUGGGCUUCUCUAUUCAUUGGACUUCCACGACUUCGAUCAUAUAGGACCAGGUCCCAUUCCAUUGGGGACAAUUGAUUCUAUUCUAACUCGAGGCCAUCUAAUCUGUGGAAUAUACCCUCGUCCAGGGUUUGCAGAGGCUUCACCGACUCAAACGAACUCAUGGUCUGGAUUGGAUGUGGAAUUGUGCAGUGCUUUGGCUGCUGCCAUGUUUGCUGGGAAUGCCUCAGCAGUAGUGUUUGUGGAUUUGGUGGCAACGAAUGCAGAUGGCAUCGCUGUCCAGGACGAAAAUGUGAUCCUUCGGACAGGAACAGUGGAUGUUGUUGCAGGUAGCCGGGUUUCCCUGAAGGGGAUAGUUGGCGAUGGAUCCCCUGGAUUUGUCUUUGGCCCCCCAUAUUUUGUUGACACUGAGAGCAUGAGUCAGUACGCAUUCAUGACCCGAGCAGAUGAUUGUCAAUGGACUUCCUUUGUCUAUUGGGUAACCACUGCAAUCAUCCACGCAGAGAAGAGUAGCAUCACUCAGGUGGAAUUCCAUCGAAUGCCCAUCACUUUGCUGUUUGGUGAGAUACUUAAACUGUGCUUCCAAGAUGCCAUAUCGGCAGUGGGUAAUUAUGGAGAGAUCUACAAUCGCACAUUGGAGGCUACCUCGCCACGAUCGGGGGGAAACUUGUUGAACCAACAAGAAGGGUCUUCCUAUGGACCUCAGCAUUUUGCCAUCCCAAUCUAUUGA